UUCAUUCACCACAGUGGAUUCACCACUGUAUCAUCUCCUCAAAUUCAUUAAUGUGAUGCUAUGGUUGACUGUUGUUUUUUUGUUUUUCCGUUUUUCCCGCAUGCUUUGGUCAGUUUUGCCGGCGUUAAAUAUGGAAAUAAAAAAUCACAACAUCCCCGUCAGAGUGCCAGUUUUUAUAUUUAAAACAAUGACAGUACCAGUUAAUUUCAAAGAAUUGUUUAAUACGACAAUUUAGUCUGAAGCACGUCGACUCUAAGCGGGUUAGUGAUAUAAAUAUGUGAUUGCAUAGGUCUUUGCCUCUUGCCUAAUACUUUGUUGUUGCACUUUUUUUUUACUAAAACAGUCCCUCUUUUUGGCUUAGUGUAAGUCUACAUAGGGUUUUUUUACCAUGCCAAUUCUUGUUCACUUCUCUCAUAAAAAAACGAAUUAUUUUAAAGGCACAAGCUUUUUCUUUGCCCAACCCUCUUCAGGUUACAGUGCAUACAUUUGAUUGGAUUAAGAUAAAGGUUUUUCAUUUUUGUUCGACUGAAUAUUUCUUUUGUUGCCAUAAAUCGGUGCUUUGAAAGCGCUAGAGAUUCUAAAAGUUCAUAGAAAUAUAUGACUUCUACUAGAGUAUGGCAUGUAGGAUAGUAUGUUUCCCCCAAGGGGGAUGAAUAAAGCCCUACUCUACUCUACUCUACUCUAGAGAUAUUGAAUACACAGUGUCAGUUCUGUUACCGUAAACAAACUAAUAAAGGGUGUAAGGUGUUUCUAAAUCAAAUAUAUUGUAUUGCAAGCAUGUGGAACAGGAUGGCUCUGUAAAAACAGAAAAGGACCAGGGUAGCUAAAAUAUUUUGAACAGCAGGGGCAGUACAGGUGAUAUACCUAGGGAUUUAAAAGUGCAGGUAUCACACAAGUAAAUAGAACUAGUACAUAGAGUUAGUGUUAUAAAGCCUAUACAGUCACUGACAAGUAUGUGAAGGGUAUUUAAGCUCUAGAAUUUAAAGUGAAAAUAUUCUAAGGGCAGUAGAAUGUUUUUGAAUAAUACGCUAUAAUAUGUCUUAAAUUAUAGUUAAUGGCCACACUAUUCAGCUUCAUGCUUUUGGCCACGUCAUUUUAGAAUGUCCAAAAAAAAACAGUUAAACAGACCCAAAACAUGAUUACUACCAUGGUUGGUGUCGUUUUAACCCCACCAUGUCUGACUAUAUACACAUGACCAAAUACUUCCAGGAUUCCUUAUGUCAUUUUGUGUAGUUUUUGUUGUUUAAAAAAAUAAAUAAAUAAGAAAAUGCAUACAGAUGUAAUACCAAUCUGGAAAAGAUUGUUGCCAUGAGAACGAGCGGACAGCAUUUAUUACAUUUUUGAAGCCUGCAUGGCCAAUCUCUCUAUCCUUGGAUCCUGAAAAUGAUUAAUCAGUAAAAGAUGAAUGAAUUAAUUCAAUGAUGAAUCUACAUAUAGGCAAUAACGUAUCCAAUCAGCUCUUUAUAGUCAAUGUUUUCUAAUGAAAACCUGACAUUUAACAGUGGUGUAAGAAUGUUCAAUAUCUACCUUUACUCCAGUAACCUGAUCCAUCAGCUCAGUAGCUGGUAGCUAAUCUCUCUUAGUGACCAGUUAAGGCUUUAUGUUUCUUGUCAGAAGGCUGUUUAUAUGAAAAUAAUAUGGUUUCUGCGUAUAUUUUUGAAUUUUCUUUUCUCCAUAGCUUUCCAAGUUUUUGCAGCCAACUGUACUUUAAAGACUGAAAAGACAUAUUUGUGGUUGUGAUUUAUAAUGCAAUCCAAUGCCACGUCCACCCGGUGCUUCCUAAACCGACUCUCGGACCCCUUUGGUGCUACUGUUGCUCACCUGUGUACAGUCACAAAAAGAAUGAUCACCUCUUACUUGAUGCUUUUUGUCCACGUGACCUGGUGCUCGACAGCUACUGAGUUUAUUAAUUUGGUUUUGUAUGUUUUUUUCUGUGUGAUUAUGUGUGCAUAUCAGAUGACUAGACUGGCCCUGCUGUUACACUACACUAGCCUGAGUCAGGCAUUGUUUUCCAAGCCACUAUCCCCGAUCGGGCCAACGCAGCCUUCAAGGGGGAAUGUGACCAGGAGAAUAGCCCGCAGAACCUUCCAAGAUGGACACCUUGUCUCUUUUAUUUACUUUUCUUUCCUUUUGGUUUGUUCCUUCUCAUACCUUCCCAUGUUGUCCAACUCUCUACUGUCUCUAUCUAGAAACAACACUACUGCUUAUCUCUAGCGUUGUGUUUAUAUUUGUUAUUUUUUGGUUUGUUGUUUUGAUAAUUGUCCAACCCCCCAAUCCCCUCUCUCUUUCUGCUACAGCCAGCUGCAGCUUGUGUGUGAUUGAAUUCUGUCCAGGUUGCUACGGCAUGCGGCCGGGAUGUGUAUCACACACACACGGGGUACUAGGAGCAUCACUAACUCUUUACUCUCGUCUCCUACUCCUGUUGAUGUAGCACAGAUUGAUCUUUAAAGACAGAGGGACUGUAAUAAAUACUUCACCAGUUUGAGGAUUUAAAGCUUAAAGUUCAGAAGCACUGUCAGUUUAAACUAGUUAUUAAACUUCACCUCACAGAUGUUUACCUAGUUGCCUUUUUUAAAACUGGAGUAUCAGUCUUAUGCGUCACUCAUUUUUCAGCUUUCAUCCUUAGAACUGUGAGGAAACGUGUACUAGUUCUAGCCUCCAUUUAUAAUCAACUGACUUAAUUUUUAUUCUUUCAAUAAUCUUAUCAACAGCUUAUUAUUACCCUUAAAGGAAAAACAAAAACAAAUCUAUCAAUUAUUCUUUUGAUAGCUAGGUUUUGGCUAAUAUUUGAAACAGUUCUUAAAAUUGUUGUUCUUCUCUGUAUCUGAUGUCCUGUGUGCUAUUAGUGAUGCAGCCAUUGGGGUUGUCUUGUGUUGCACACCUUUCCAACACUGCGAAACGAUCGCCCCCCCACGGAAAAGCACCCAUGCUUGAUAUCGUAUGGUUCAUGACCAAUAUGUUUCCAGUACAGGGAAAAUCCCAGAGGAGGCCAAAGCUUUGUCACUUUUGGCACCUGCCACUCCAGUACCCAGUUUGAUUCCAGGCGGAGGACUUCUUCCAAUUCCUCCUCCAAGUCCGCUUCAAAAUUUGAAUCUUCCCUUGGUGAAUCAGAUUUCAGCUGGUCUGGAAACCUCAUCGUUGAGCUCCCAGCCCCCUCUCAUGGGAAAUGUGGAUCCCUCAAAGGUUGAUGAAAUCAGGCGUACUGUUUAUGUGGGCAACUUAAACUCGCAGACCACAACAGCAGAGCAGCUCCUGCAGUUCUUUAAGCAGGUGGGAGAUGUGAAGUUCGUGCGAAUGGCUGGAGAUGAGACCCAGCCAACACGAUUUGCCUUUGUUGAGUUUGUGGAGCAGGACUCUGUCGCCCGAGCCUUGACGUUCAACGGAGUAAUGUUUGGAGACAGACCUCUGAAGAUAAACCAUUCCAAUAAUGCCAUAGUGAAACCACCCGAGCUCACACCGCAGGCUGCUGCUAAGGAGCUAGAAAGUGUGAUGAAGAGAGUAAGAGAAGCCCAGUCAACCAUCGCCGCUGCAAUAGAACCAGAGCCAAAAACGCGGUCCCCUAGUCACUCCAAAAGAUCGAGACGCUCACAUUCACGAUCACGCAGGAAAAGAUCCCGUUCCACACACAGGACAUCACAAAGGUCAGUGAUCGGGGGUGACUCUCACAGUUCACGAAGCAGCCACAGGAAACGCUCACGCUCCAGGGACAAGAGACGAAGUGGGAGUCGUUCUAGGGUCCAUCGUAGAAGGAGUAGGGAUCGUUCGCGAAGCCCUCGGGGAAAAGCUAGGUCACCAUCACCAAAAAGGGGUAAGAAGGACAAGAGAAGGGAGCGCAGCAGAGACAGAAAGGAGCGUUCAACAUCCAGGAAGAGGAGCCGCAAACAUGAAGACAGGAUAAGGAGCAAGACCAAGUCAGUGAAGGUAAAGGCAGAAAACAGCAGAGAAGACAGGAGGGAUGAGGACAACGACAGCCAGAGGGACAACUAUUCCUCAGCAGGUGAGGAGAUGAUGUCAUCAUCGCCCGCUGUCCAGCACAACGGCAACUACAAGGGCCACAGCGAAGAAGAGUCAAGCUGCAGGCUCUAUCAAGUGUCUAUGUUGUAAAUAUGUGUGUGCGUGGGUGUGUAUACUUUACAUAUGUUCACACCACACAGACACAGUGGCCUUUUUUUUUGCGAACGUCUUUAACAACACCAUCAUUUAAUGUCUCUAAAUCGACAGUUUUACAUGUGACUUAAAUACACAAAAGUGCAGAAAGGUCAGACCUUUGCUAAUUGAACUGGAUUUAACUGAACUAAUUAUCGACUAGUUAUCGACCACAUCACCACACACACGUUACAUAGACUGGUCCACGCCCCUUGUAUUUUACUGUAAUAUAUUGCACAAAAACAUUUUUACUGCAUUCUACAGCUGUAGACAUAAUAAGUAGAAAGCUGAAAAUUUCAAUGACUGGAAGAUUUUUGUUUUUUUGGUUAGUAACCAAUUUUACAUUUUUGAGUCAGGUUCAAAAAAUUAUUUUGAAUUUGAUGUGAAGCAGACUCGACCUUUUCAGUCAAACGUGAUGUGACAUCACCUUAGGAGAUGAAGCCACUCUUUCUGCAUCAUAUUGCUGCCCAAGUCAAUACUUGAUCCUGUACAGAGUAUAAAAUAUAUAUGUACAAAUAUAUUUAUGACCUAAUCUGAUACAGCUAUUGGUAAAGAUAAAAACAAGAUUAUUUUAUAAGGGACUAACCUUGUAGCAUCAGGCUAAUAUGUACUUAAACCUAUAUUUCCUGUACUUGUUACUGACAACAGUGGAGGUUUUAAUACAUUCUUCUGUGUGAGACUGUGUGAUGCCAUGUCAGCUGUUAGUGUCGCCCAAAGAGUGGAACUAACGGUGUGUGACUUGUGUCCUGUGAUGCUGGAGAAAAAAAUUCUGAGAAAAGUAAGAGCAUAAAAAGAUGUAGAUGUGCAGUUUUUCUUGGGGCGGGGAAAAAAGAACUUCUUUGUUUAUGUGUUGUUCUGUACAGAGUAUUGUGUUGAUUUUAUGACUUGAUGUGCUGUAGGUGUGAGAAUGCAGAAUAUACAGUUUUUUUUUUUUCAGUUUUAAUCUGUACUUGCUUUUUAUAUUAAAUAUUUUGAGAGUAUGACCAAAAAUAUAUAAAUAUGUUUUUCUAUAAAAUUACAACUGAUACUGGAAACAGAUGGUGGCGACGCUAACAACAGUUGACAGCGGUUUACAAGUGUCUUUGGCACAGAGCGGGUCAGAAAGUGCCUACGUGAAAAUUGUACAGAUUAUUCUGAUACAGUACAUAGACUACAUGAAGUAUUCACACUGGGUGUUUUAGUUGCUGAAAUUGUGAGGUAUGAAAGUAUUGAUGGAUUUUAGCCAUUAGUCAGAUUCAAAGUAGCUCAAAGUAGCUACAUGCAUAGCUACAUAUAUUAAUACAUACUGAAUAUCUAGAGAAAUUGUUGCGUUUAUAUUCAUUUUCAUAGUUUUUUUAUUUUAUUUUUCAAGGCUUUUUCAGAAAACUAUUCGUAUGUUGCUUUUGCUAAAACAUUUGUAUUCUGAAAAAACCUGAAUCUUAACCAUAAAAUACAGCAUAGCUACAUCUUUUUAGGCAAAUUGUUGCAUUAAUAUUCUUUAUUUAUUUUUAUUUUUUUUAGAUUUUGUCAGGAAAGUAUUAGCAUAGUAGGUUGCUUUUGAUCAAGGUUGAGGUUCGACUAAAGGAGCAGAAUACCAGCUUUGUAGAUGAUGAAUGAAUGGGUGAAUGAAACUUAUGCAGCUUCUCAUUUUGUCACAAACGCUAAAUGAAAAUCCGAGAAGCUCAAACUGGUACAUUUAGAUUGUGAUAAGUGAAUGUCAUUAUGACAUUAUAAUGAGGAAAUACGACAGUCAUAAGUACAUUAUGUGGUUUUUAUUGGAUACAGUGGCAGUAUUUAAAGCAGCAGAUGAAAUAUAAUGUUCAGAGAUGAUAUGCUUACACAUGAUGAGUUCAUGUAGAAAAUACGUUAUGUACAAUGGGGUAAAAAAGAUUACUUGAGGUGAUGUAUGUUCCAUAAAGUUACCAUUGUUACCAUUGGUAAAACUGUUACCCUUUUUUUUGCACAAACACCCUCUACUUUAAGACCGUGGAACUGCAGCUCAUAAUCACCAUGUUGUAGAGGUUGGUAGUGUUUCAUGGUCACUCACG